ACAGGUUAUAGAAGUGAAAGUGAAAGUAAAAACUGCUUCGUCGCUUGAAAAACGCUUCCCGGCGGAAACAAAUCGGUUUAUCGUACAUAAAUUCAGACAGAUAAUGGCUACUAGUGCUAGUAAAACUGAGAGAAUUAAAGGGAAUCAUUUUCUUGAAAAGUCUGAAAAUGAAGGCAUUGGUUAUGCUCUAAAGAAAGGCAGAUUACAAGAUGCUAUUCGUUGUUACAAUCGAGCGCAAAACCUUGCUUUUAACCACGACGAACUGGCUUCAGCUUCCAAGAACCUCGCAAAAGCAAAUUGGAAACUUGGUCAACUUUUCAGAGAAAGAAACGAGGGGAGAGUCCUUGUAUUUUUUCAUCUGAGGGAAGCCAUAAAAGCCUUCGAUGUGUCACUAACUAGAGGAGAAGACUGCAAAAGUGAAGAAUGGAAAGCCGAUAUUUGGCAGUCAUUGGCUUUAUGUAUUGAAGGAUUUCUUGACGCAAGCGACGAGAUUGAAGACCUCGACGAGCGAAUCAAAACCCUAAUGCCCAUGAUCGACAUUCUACAUGUGAACGUUUUCAUCGUUCGACUGCAUCUCAAGAUUGGAAACUCGUAUUUUCACGAUGGUGUGAAUAAGAUACAUGCCGAUGGCGACUUCGCGCGGUGUUUGAGUCGAAUGAGGGACUGUUAUUACCCCAUACAGGAAGCAAAGCGACUUUCUGGCAACUCUGAUUACGAAGACUCCGAGAUCAGCGUGUUAGAAAAAGAUGUGUUCUACACAACAUGCACUGCCGAAUCGGUCCAAGCUCGAUAUUGUGGCUCGGAGCUGCUGGAAACAGCGUUGAAAGAAGAAGAAAAUCUGAACAUGGAUAUCGUCUGGGAUGUGAUAGAUUGGUACAAGAGAGCUGUCAUCCUCGCCAGAGAGCUUGACCUCGAGCAGGAAGCCAUUGCACUUGGCCGGCUUGGCCACGUCUACAAUAAAGUCUUGAAACUAAGGCAGAGAUCUAAGACGUAUUAUAAGAAGAGUUUUGAGUUGGUUGAGUCCAUGAAACCUCGCACCUUUUUCACUCAACCGUGGUAUCAGGAAAUCGUCUCGACUUUACAGGAAUUCCAGAUAGAAGAACGAAAUUAUGAUGAAAAAGAACAACAAAAGGAAAGAGAAAAAAGGCUGGAAGCGAUUAAAGAAGAGAUGCAAAAUCUGCAGAAAAAUAACACAGGGAAAAUAGCGUUUCUCAUCUACGUCUACAAGUCUUUUCCUCCCACACAUCCAAAGUGGGAAAAACCAACUGAUGAAGAGAUCGGAAGUUGGAAGGGAAUAGAUUCAGAUUCAGAUAAGAUGGAGAAAGUCGAAGCUUUGUUCAAGAAAGCUAUAACAUACUACCAUCCGGACAGGAUCAGCGUAGAAGAACAUGGCGAAAAGUGGAAAACACUCUGUGAAGAAAUAACCAAAUUGUUGUCAGCUCAUUAUGAAACAAUCAAACUGAAAAAGCAAUCCGUGUGAAGAGAUGUUUCAGUGUUUCAAAACAAUUUGAAGUCUUGUUGUAUCUCGUGUUUGUUCUCCACAAAAAGUGACAUACAGUUGUACUAAUUAUUUCAGUAUGAGUCUAGUGCAGUUUUGUAUCACUCGAAUUGAAGAUAUAGAGGGUUUUAAACGGUGGCGCGAAGAUAUGAAUUUUGUUUUCAAUGAAAAAACAUAAAUAAAUAAAAUAAAGUUCAUAUCUUCAAGCCGACAUGUAAUGUUCUUUUUAUUAAAUGGACAAACUAAAGUGACAAGUAGAAAUGAGCGGGAAAGUUGUUUUUAUUUGACGCGCGCGUACAUCCGGAACAUUUUGGUACAUAACUUUUUCAAAGCUUCACCAGUGAAAAUAUUUAAAAUACGAGUGUUUUAGUUUCCGGUAAAAUAUCUUAAGUAAUAUAUAAAACAUAAAAUAUGAGCGAGAUCUUUAUGGGCAUUUAAAACUACGAACUGCAAGCGAGCAGUUUUAAAGCCCAUAAAGGUCGGACGCGAAUAUAUCACAUUGCUUAUCAAAUAUCCAACAUAAGCUACUCUAUAUUCUGCAAAAAACUUCAAGAUAGAUAUUAUUUUUAAGAGACAAUCGAAGUUAAAGUCGUAUGCAAAUCUAUAUUUUGCAAAAAACUUCAAGAUAGAAUAUCAUUUGUAAGAGAAAAUUGAAGUUUAAGUCGUAUGUAAAUCAGGACAUAUCUCUUGCUAAAAUAAAGAUGCGGUCACAGCAA